CAUAUGACUGACUGGAUGCUGCUGCUUCAGCCAGGGAGAUACAAUACCAGCAGGCGUUUGAAAGCUGUUCUGACAAAGCCACUAUAUUAAAUGUUCAUAUUAGACUUAUUACUCACAUACGUUGUGUAUUAUUGACGUUUAGGGAGGGCAGCUCUCUCUGUGCUGACCUUCACAGUUCCAGGGCACAGCUCCAGAUCUCAGACGCACACCUGCACCGAUCCAAACAACAGGGAUGUUGUGUGAAAGUGUUCUCUGGAGAAUGCGGUUCUGCCAGGACCGUGAGCCCCAGCGAGCGGCCCACUCUGAGCCUGGACCUCGGCGCGAGACCCGGGUUUCACCGGGCACGGCAGAGCCUGUCAGUUUUCCACAGUAUUCCUCCAGGGCCCGGUCAGGGACGGAGGCCACGAGCAGAGAUGGGCGCGGCGUCGCUCCCAGCACAUCCCAAAAUCGCACCAGCCCCGAAGUGGACAUCCCCGGGCUGUCCAAGCCCAGCGGAGACACCUUCCUGGUGCCGUCCUCCUGCAAGAGCAUCUGCAAGAACUACAGCGACCUGCUGAUCGGAGGGGACCAGGUCCUGCCCCUCAGCGAGAGCGCUGGUCAGGGGCAGGCCUGCGGCAGCCCCCAGCUGCCCAGCGGACCCUUCCUGCAGUCCAGCGAAAUCCCGCCGCCCAUGGAGUCCCUCCCCCAGGGCUCGCCCCCCUCCGCGCGGAACCCCCGCCGCGGCGACUCCUCCCGCUGGCGCACGGGCAGCGGCAAGGACCGCAGCUUCCUGUUCCAGGGCAGCCAGCCGCUGUCCAACGCGCAGCUCAACGCCUACCUGGAGCAGAAGCUGCUGGACCUGUACCGGCAGUACAUGCUGGAGAGCCUGGCCCAGCGGGGCUCCCCCUCCGCCGUGCUGGCGUCCGAGCUCAUCCUCACCAGCGUGGACCACCUCACCCAGCAGCUCUCCCGUGAGCAGAACCUGGAGGCCGCCGCGGCCAAGGACAUGGUGAUCAGCUGCCUGCUGAGGGUGGCCAGCGGCCUGCCCACCUCCGGAGAGAUCAGCACCCCCCAGCUCCAGAUCUCCGACGACCAGCCCUGAGUGCGCUAAGAGCGUGGGAGCCAGCACUGCGAGGGACUGGAGAGAGAGUGGACCCACCGCAGUGAGACCAGCGGGAGAUUGAGGGGCGACACACUUUUACACGUACACUUUUUACACUCUAAAAACUGCUGGGUUAAAAACAAUCCAUUGAAUGAUGCAAAAAAAACAAAACCAAAAAAAAAAAAACCCUAAACCCCCAUUGAAAAAAAGACCCAACGCAUGUAACCCAGCACCUACAUUCAAAAUUUGACCCAGCAUCUUUUAUAGUGUUGGCUGUUACUGCGGUCGUCCUGGCUGGAUUAUGCAAGCAGCUGUGGGCAGCAGUGAAGUCUGGUCUUACAUCAGAAGGCAGUAAAACCCUUUUCCCCCCGAGGGAAGCUGCAUUUCAUCAAACGUGUCAGGUCAGUGAAAUGAUUAGGCUGUUAAAUAAUUAAGAGCAGGGGUCAGUGAAACGGUUGCGUCGGCAUUACACAUCGCUAGAUUACGGUGUUGUCUUGGCCGAACUAGAGCAGACAGGGCUUACGGCGGGACUGGUGCGGAGGGUUAGCGUGCUGAGGGUGUCAGUAAAACUGUAGCCCUACUCUGUGAACAUCCUUACAGCUCCCUGGUCAGAACCACGGCUUUUAUCCACACAUUUACAAGGCUGAUGUAGAGUGAUAAUUAAAAGCCCGUCUCGUCGAUAAUGUGAGACUCAUCAUGAAUACACCCCAGCUGGAUUCAUCUAAAGUAGCAGAACGACCGUCUGAGAGAUGCAGACGGCACAGCCCUUCAAACGACUGAUUUCCGUCCAUUUCUCGGUUCAUGAAUCAUCCAACCUUGCAAUUCUUUGAUUUAAUUUUUCAAAAUAACAAAGGACGAAAAGCCAGACGUCUGUGCUGCCACUGAAGGGAAAAUAAAUGUGAUUUUUCAGCUUUUCCUUGCAAUUGAUGUUUCACAAACCACAGUUCUUUGUUUAAUGUUUGUUUCUUCUGCCUUUCUCACCCCUACAAUCCACUUCAAACAAUAAACAAUAAACGUUUGAGUUUUAA